AUGUCAUUCAGGAAAAGAGGAGAAGUGUUGGGAGGAGGUCCGACCCCACAGAGGGGGCCUCAGGCUCCAUUACCAGUGAGACCGGGUAGCGCUCCAGGUCGGGGACAGCUGCCUGCCACACCAGCUACGUCAUCGAUUACCAAAAGAGUACCAGGUGCAAUUGCAAGGCAAGCUUCUCUGUCUACCCAAGAAAGCUCUAUAUUAGACAAUCCAGCAGUUAGGCCAUCACUUAUAACCUCACAGCCAACUACAUCAACGGGAAGUUCCGACUUGGAUAAAAUAUUACUACAUCAGGGUUUACCAUUGGGCCAUUCGUUGCUCGUGGAAGAAUCUGGCACUACUGAUUUUGCAUCGGUGUUACUACGAGCAUUCGCCUCGCAGGGUGUCAUGCAUAACAGAAUAAAGCCCAAUCUGUUCAAUUCGCAUGUCAUUGUACUCGGAUUGAGUCCUCUUUGGUCAAACGAUUUGCCAGGACUAUACAAAGGUUCUUCAAAAGAUCAAAAGAAGGCAAAAAUUGCUGAAAAUGAGUCAAAGGUGAGUGUGUCCAAUAUUGCCCAUGGGUCUAAUGUCUCUCGAAAUGAUCUGAAGAUGAAAAUUGCAUGGAGAUACGGCUUGAAUAAGAAAGACGUUGUUGAAAAAGAGAGUGAACCGGGUGUAGCUUAUGAACAUUACAGUCAUCAAUUUGACAUUACUCAAAAGUUGCAGCCAGGGCCCAAUCCACAGGAUAUCACUUACAUUCCUUUGUCGCGAACAGUCAAGGACAUGGUCAAUCAGCUCACUAGCGUUAUAAAACUGCAGCUCAAGAGUAACCCCUCAAAAGUGAUUAGACUCGUCAUUCCUGGGUUUCUAAACCCAUCCAUCUAUCCGCCUUACAACACUGCUUCCACAUUUGUUUUCCCACUUGCUCAUUCACUUCGAUCUUUGCUUCGUCAGUUUGAGCAGAACUUGGUUCUCAUUUCUUCAAUAUCACUCGACUUGUACCCUAGGGAAUCCAGUUUAACCACCAUUUUAGAAAUUUUGUUUGACUCUGCCAUACAUCUUCAACCAUUCAAUCAAGAAAUGAGUCAAUUGAUUGAAAAGGCGUACAAGAAUGAGCCAUCAAAAAUACAACAAGGGUUGGUCAAUAUCAUCAAGCUCCCAGUGCUAUCUGAAAGAGGGUUGAUGAUGAUACAUGAUGGAGAGUUUGCUUUCAAAAAUGGAAGAAAGAAGUUUGAGAUUGAAGAGUGGGGUAUACCUGUUGAGGAUGACUCCAAGGAAAAUGAAACAGCCGAAGGGGGCAAGACCGUGAAGAACAUUGAUUUUUGA